AUGUCAUCCAACUCCACUUCUGCUUCUGCUUCUGCCGCUGCUGCUGCCAACCAGGCGCUCAUCGCUCUGAUCGCCAGACUCAAUGAGAUGGCUGAACAGGUGCUCCGGUCCCAGUCGGAGGAAGAGAAAAUGGGAUUGAGCCGGAAGAUUGCUCGUGAAGUGAAUGACGCGAUUCAUUCGCAUGGGAGGGUCGCUACCUACAUCCCCCCUCGCCUGCUGUCCAUGGCAGCUGAAAUCUUUCGUGCUCAGAGGCGCACCACUCAACUGGCGGAAGUCCUGGACUGGAACCGCGUUGGGCACAACCAGGAGAUGUGCAUGAAGCAUCCAUUGUAUGGUAAGACAUUGGGUGCUGCACCAGCGGUCAUCACACCUGCACCUGCACCUGCACCUGCACCAGCCCCAGCCCCAGCCCCAGCCCCAGCCCCAGCCCCAGCCCCAGCCCCAGCCCCAGCCCCUGCACCGGCGGUCAUCACACCUGCACCUGCACCUGCACCUGCACCGGCCCCAGCCCCAGCCUCUGCACCAGCGGUCACCACACCUGCACCGGCACCAAUGUCCUCAAAGACACCAGCACCAGCACCAGUCCCACCUCCAGUCCCAGGCCCAUCACUGGCGCCUGCACCUCAGCCUGUUCCAUCCUCUGGUCAGUCAUUACUGGCGCACCGUUUCAGCAUUCGCAUCCCCGGAAAUACAGCAUCCGGUGCGACUGGACCGGCCGGACCCUCCAAAUUGCGCAAGCGAGAACUCAGUACUAGUCCCCCUGUGCGUCAGUUCAAGAGGGCCCGGAAGCGUCUCCUCAAGUCAAGGGAAGUCUUGUCCGACACUGACUCUGACAAGGUGAAGCUGAAGGUGAAGAACAAAGGGAAAGCAAAGGGGAAGGGGAAAGGGAAAGAGAAGGCAAAGGCAAAGGUACUGGAAGAUGAUGAGGAUGAGGAUGAGGAUGAGGAUGAGGAUGAGGAUGAGGAUGAGGAUGAGGAUGAGGAUGAGGAUGAGGAUGAGGAUGAGGAUGAGGAUGAGGAUGAGGAUGAGGAUGAGGAUGAGGAUGAGGAUGAGGAUGAGGAUGAGGAUGAGGAGAUGGCGACUGAUGUUGAUGAUCUUCCGGUCCGCCAGAAGUCGACACGCAACCCCUCCAAACACAAGAACAAGGGCGCUGCACUGGAGGGAAGUGAGAUGGAUGAGAUUCCAGAAGAUGACGACGAUGAUUUGGAGGGUGAUGAUACCCAAGGCAAGCGAAAGGCCACCAUCAAGCCGGGGAAACAACACAAACCGUCUACACGUCCCAUGGGCAAGGACCACAGCAAGAAGGGCAAGGGCCAACAACCGCCUGGACGUCGAUGGACCUUUACCUCGUUGCGAGAGAUGCCGGUUGAAGCAUGUGCAGUGCAUCCCGCGGUUGACGAAGAAAGGCCCGACCCAGUGUCCGCGGACAGCACCGCUGUCACCACCAUCACCCCCAGCAUCGCCGCUACACCACCUGCAAGAGCCGUCACCACUCGCUCCAAGACAAGCCGGUCAAAGACCACCGGACAGAGCAAGACCGGUGGGCAGUCAUCCAAAGGCAAAGACAGGGAUAUUCGACAUCCCAGUCCCAUCCAAGAGGAAGAGGAUGACGACGUCCGGAUGAUCGAUGACGCUCCGGAAGUGACUGGUACUGGCGGUACCACACCACAACCGGCGCCUCUCGCAUCGGUAGACGAUUUCCCCGCAGACCACUGGAUUGAACCGGGCACUGACGACAUGCCACCUCCACCACCGGUUAUGGCCCCAGAGGACGACAUCUGGGACUCACCCAUCCCUCCGGUCCAUCAUCCACUCUCCCCCAUCGCACCUUCUGGGUCCCUUCUAUCCAUCCAGCACCCUCUCGCUAAUGAGGAGAUGGAGGCCAUGUUGGCCCAGAUUCGCGUCGAUAUGGAGGCACUCCGGACACGCGAUAGGAUGGAAGUUGACGUCCGGCAAGAUGACCUGGAGCGUCGCAUCGAAGUCGCCGAAGGAUCGGAUGCUGCCAUGACCGUGCAGAUCGACCGGAUACAGGGGGAUGUGGACGCGCACCAGAGACUCAUAACUGAGUUGUCCGUCCAACUUCAAGCAGUUGUGAGGUAUAUGAGGGGGGAUAGGUCCGAUGAAGGGACGGCAACAACCCCACCGGCAUUCAAUCCACCCCCCAUUGUCGCCGGCCCAUCCAUCAGUGCAUUCGGUCGCACGUUGACCAACGACUGUCUUCACUCCGGAUGCAUCUUGGAUGAGCGCCCAGACCGACAAGCACGGGUGCCAUCCACUUCCACCAUCAACCCGGCACUCACCACGACAGUAUCCGGCCCAUCUGUUCCUCCGGGUGAUGCACCACCGGUACCACCUCUCAUUCUCCCGGUGGGGUCCAUGCCUUCACCUGGCACCCUUCACGCAUUGAUCACCGGAGGGCCAUCAAAUGUGCUGGACAAUGGUCAGUCCACCUCGGCUCCUUUGCCAUGCCAACGAUAUGGACCUCUAUCCCUCCAACAUGGUUGGUUGGCGAGCGCUAGGCAUGCUAAGAAGCUUUCCGGUGAUAUGGAGAAGUAA